AUGUGCCUCCACUUUGACACAGAGGAUGGACACUGGACAGUGGUUCAUCCUGCAGGCAGACGGAUGAAAGAGAAGUGGGAGAAUGACAGAGCUGUGACCGGCUUCUUCAAGACGGUCUCCAUGGGCGACUGUAGGGCCUGGCUUCAGGAUUUCUUGGUGCACUGGGAGAAAAUGUUGAAGAAAAGUGCAUCACCCACCACGGCCCCCCCAGCAGCCCCGUCCAGGGCCACAGCCCUCAAGCCCAUCGCCUGGAUCAUCACCUGGAUCCUCCCCGUGGUCCUCACCUACUUCAUCAUCACUGGCAUCCUCAGCUGAGUCCUUUACAGGAACAGGUACUGUGGGCAGAAUUCAGAGGCAAGUUAGGGGCACGUGGCCUGGUGUGAGGCCAGUGAAAGGUGAAUCCCAGUCCAAUCCCUGCCCCUCCUGGAACCUCCUCAUCCUGGAAAUGAAGGCAGGUGAAUAAGACCUCACAU